AUGCUAAUGUUUACUCUUAAUCAUCUUAAGAACAGUUUCUCGGCGAUUGUAAAGGCCAUUGCCUUACACCACACAAUGAUUAUGGUGAGGAAUUUGGCCACGGUUCUGGCUACGAUACGAUGCUGUAUACACGCGGCGGAUCAAGUACAUCCUCCAUUGGUAAGAGAUGCUUUCUUCUGCGAUUGGAAAUCCUUUCGUCUUCGGUUGCGUCUCACUAUUGUGAAGACGGAUUGUACAUGGUUUAUUGGUGUGGGUCAGUUUUCUGGUAUCAUCCCACUUAAACCAGAUAUCUCCGUGAAGGGUUAUGAUAUUCUUCAUGAUGACCAAUAUUCCAGAUCCAGUUUUGGUGAAGGAAAUAGAUACAAAAUCCAUAAGAUAUUCUGGAGACUUGGUCGGCGGAUAUGGGAUCCAGGAAAGAUGCCCUUAUGGAGACGCCAUGAAUCGGAGCAAGAGAUAUUGUACUGGUAUAAUUUGUCUCUAAUAAGAAGACAAUCAAAGUCAUGGACAAGGAGUACAAUCAAGAUACAGUAG